GUUCUGCCGCGCCGAUCUCUGCAGGUGCCAUCAGAAAUCGACGCUGAGCGCGCGGUCCUUUUGCGCAGAUAGGCUAUAUGCAUGCAGCGAGGGAGAACACCUUGAAUCACUGCUAUGCAAGAUAAGACUGAGUCGAAUCUCCACGACACACAAGAGAGGUGAAUGUUUGACAGCAGCUACUCCGUGAUAAGGACUGAGGGCCCACCACUGCAACCAGUCCCGGUGAGGAUAGUCUGGACCCCCCACGGCAUCAGGCUCGCACACACACACACACAUCCACACACGCACUCACACACACAAACGCACGCAAGCCUCGUGCUCUGAAAUCUCUACCCAACACACUAGCACCGGAUCGACUCCAUUGCAGUGAGUGACCGAGUCCCACAGUGCUAUGCCGAACGGGCAUGGCACCAACUUCAAUAGACAAUACCAAUAGCAAUGGGCAAUACGGCGAUCUGAUGAUUUGUAGUGGUCUGGGUCUGGGUGUCAAUGUAGUUCGCGAUACUAUUACCCUCAAUCUGAGCGUGUGUGCCAGACAAUGGUUCACAGUAUCCCUGACACGUUGAUAUGGCUGAGAGUGAGAGCGUCCCUGACACGUUGAUAUGGCUAUGAGCCAGAGAGUGUCCCUGACACGCUGAUUUCGCAUUCUACACAUUGCCGGCGUCACACCCGCUCCCCUGCAUGACGUUAUGUGAUCAAUACCACCAUGCCCAUGGUACCAAUAGGCAAUAGGGUGAAGUACGAAAACAUUGGGCACCGCAGGGAGCUCACAUCUGCCUUCACCAGCAGCAGCAGUAGCAGCAGCAACAGCGUGGUCAGUAUCGUCCGAACGGAUCGACGCCGUCUCAGCAUAGCACCGCUUCUAUCGUGUGCGAAGAUAACUCUUACAGCCCCAUCCUAAUUGCCGUGAGGAGUGUGAGAACCUUGCCAGCCGAACACAGUAUUCUGAGGCCAUUGCUUCUCAAAUGUUGAGAUUACCUUUUCAGAAGUCAGUUGGUACUUGCAACGAGCAUGGCUUGUGUGCGACAGCGCCGUGUUCAAAUUAUCUAAAGAAAUUGUUUGGAAUUACAUGUAGUAUUGCUUUGCUCGCGUAUGUCUUUUCUCCACGCGCUAUGUACACGUCCGGGAUUACUCCAUUGCCAACUGACAUAGUAAACCGCAGAUCCCCUUCCUGGCAGUUUCGGUUCGGUGAUCAGGAGGUUUACCGUUUCCGUCACUGCUCUCAACCUUUGAGCAGCACUUGAAAAAUUCGAUUUAGUCCAUUCCCAGAGGAGAAGAGAAAAUUAGAUUUCACGCAGUAGGUAGCUGUGGUAUUGUUUGGCUAUGCAGCCCUCAUCCGUACUGUUCAGCGGACCGACGUUGACGAUUUUCUCCACUUUGCUCAUGCUGACAACAUGGACGCGGCCCGCUGCUGGGCAGCAUAUUGCUGGACCUCACUUCAAUGUGUCAUUGAGAUUCAAGACAGAUAGCGGCCGACUCACCACCAUGCAGCUUGUCCGCAACGGCGAGAAACGUGGCAACUUGAACAUCGACAAGAAGCUGAACAAGCGUUUCAACCAGCUAGGUUUUAUUUCCAGCAGUACAGAUUCAAUAGUCAUACGCUGGCAAGCGCAGCAUGACAUGGAGGUGAAAUACUCCUUUGCCGUGUACGCCGACAUUCGCCGUAUCUCCAGCAGCACCGUGGGUGGUAAUACCAGCGGCUACAUACCCAGAAAACGAUCAUGUAUUGGUUUGCAGCUGGCCUGUGUACAGGGACUCAACGAGGCAGAGAAAAGCACAGAGAGUGUGUUUGUGCUACUGACGUUUAGCAACUCACGCAACGAAGCAUUACCCGGCGACCAUAUCCUCCUCAAACUCAAGAGAAGCUGCGGACCUGGACAAUGUCCACCUCCCCUAGCCAUUGCCAACGGCCGAGUAUUGGCCGGUGAGACUGAGAAAUGCCGACCGGGAAUGAUGACCUACCGAUGUAACCACGGAUACAGACGCGUAGGCUGCGAGAGUUCAACGUGUAUGAACGGCCGGUGGUCGUGUCCGGAGCCCACAUGUGUUUUUGAUUGGACAGCACUAUGGAAACAGAGAGCAAGUGGCAAACCCCCAUGCGGACAAGACGUACAGUGUCAGCCGCUCAUAGACCCACAUUCUGAUGCUUGUCAUCAGAUGAGUACACCAGGCGACCUGGGAAACCUGGAGAACGUGCUGUGCGCCGCAGACUAUGUGCUGAUAGUACGACUACCAUUCCUCUACACCCAGGCACAGGCAGAGAAGAUCAAGCGCGAGCGCGGCUUCCGUAUAGUAUCCGAGCCCAUCUUUCCCAUGCGCAACAAAUCACAACACACGACGACGCGCUCCCGUAUAUACUUCAACUCCAACACGGAGUAUUGCCCUAAAGUCAUUGAGCAGCUGCGAUACGACUCCUCCAUGCCCAGUAAUCGUAAGUUUCUUGUCGUGGGCCAGCGAAACCGCCACUACCCAUCCCGUAUUGUCAUCGGUACCGUGGACAAUACGUCGCGAUACCAUCACGGCCUGCUACUCAUCUAUGACGAGUUUGAACGCUACUUUGAGGAGAUCCUGAGGCGUUCCGUCAUCAACUCCUCCCUGCUUGGCGCCAACACGAUCACGGAUUUCAAGUCGUAUGCCGGCUCACUCCGAUGCUGACCAAGAAUUCGACCCGUUCAUACACACAUGCAUGUACAAGCACAUACACAGACAGACACACAGUGACACAGACAUACAUACAGACACACACACACACACACAUACACACACACACACACACACACACACACACACACAUGCACACACAAACACACACACAUGCAGUCAACUCCACUAACACAUCCGUGAUGUCAAGAGCUGCAAGAGCUGCAUGUUACGCAAUAUCAUACAUAAAUCCCUCAUCAAUUCGGUUGUGGACGAGUAACCACUUCAGACGUAAGUAUUACGCAUGCGCAUACCAGGCAGAUCACGAACCACUUUCCGCAUCCGUGGGACGCCAAAACCGCAUGACCAGCGGCAUCAGAGAGCCACAAACAGCACAGAAAUCAUGCAGACUAUAUUCUAUACACACUUCAACACUAUUUUAUGGAAUAUUUUGUACGAGAUAUUAUACUUGUCUAUGAUCGAAAGUUACGCCAAUUCUCUCUAUUUGCGUAAUUCCCUGUUACUCAAUAUUACCCUGGCCUAUAUAUUUUUAAAUCACUCCCAUGUAGUGAUAGCAUCUAGACCGAUUGAAUAGACUCUCCAACAGAGAAUCUAGAACCAAUCUACAAUUGUAAAGUCUAAUUUUAAGCCUAGUGGAGAACCCCUAUGAAUGUGCUCUCAGUCUGGAUACCAACAAGAGUACAUGAGAGACUUGCGCAUACAGUACUAGCCAUGCCUACGCCAGUGAUAGCGACGGCAUGGUAAUCAGAUAAGCUACAUGUUAUAAUUAUAUACACAGACA